AGAUUUUGAUACAGAACUUGCAUGAUUUGAACCUAAUCCACCAAUUGAUACAGCACCAAACUAUUUUGACAUCACUCCCUCCGUGUUGAACUAAAGAGGGACAAGAUUGCGUGUGGCACGAUGCUGGUGAAUGGUGCAAAUCGCGCGCGCUGGCUUGUUCUUUAACCUUUUCCUGGAAUCUGCGUUGCUGAAUUAGCAUAUAGCUAGCUGCCACUGUUUGUUUUGGUUGUCUUGGUUGCCGACUAGCUAAAAGAAAGAUGUCUGCCACGGAGGACGACACUGAGUUGCGGGAUCUUUUGAUCCAAAACCUAGAAAACAGUGGGGUCUUGAACAAACUAAAGGCACAAAUGCGCGCUGCUGUCUUCCUGGCUAUGGAUGAACAGGAUAAAGUGGAGAAUAAAACUCCACUUGUCAAUGAAAACCUGAAGAAAUGUCUUAAUACAAAGGAUGGACGCCUGGUGGCCAGCCUCAUCAUAGACUUUCUACAGGUCUUUCACCUGGACUUCACGCUUGCUGUCUUCCAGCCAGAGAUAAACUCACUAAAUGGCCUAGACAGCCGUGAGCAGGUCUCUUGUGAGCUGGAUAUCACCGAGACUGAUAUGAACAGGAACACUCCUCUCCUGCUGGAGCUCGUCAAGAGGGGCAGACACAAGGAGAAGGCCUCCAUCUUCUCAGAGGGGGACAAAGCCACAAACAUCCCCAAGGAACUAUCCCCCAGGCAAAUAGCAGACGCCCGAAAGAAGUUUGAUUGUUAUGACAAGGCCAGAACUGGUGGGAUACGCAAAGAGGACUUGAAAGUUGUGUUUGGAGAUGUUUUUCCCAACUUCAACAAGAACAUGCUGGAGAAGUUUGUCACUGAUGAACAUAGAGUUGGAGACAAGGCCUCCAGUAAAUCUAUAGACUUCCAGGAGUUUCUGGGCUUGUACAAGCGCUUCUUCAGUCAGUGUCGAAGUGUGGUCACCCAUGACACCAGUGAUGUAAUUCACAAUCCCAGUCAACUUAUUGAGGAGAAGAAAAGCACUACACCGGCUAGUAAGAUCCCCAGGUUUAAAGGUGCACAGGCGGAGAAGGCUGACGCCAAGGGUGUGGAGGUCAGUCACAGCCACAGUGACACCAGCCUGCGCUUUGGCUCUCCAAAGGGCAAAGGGCAGGGUCACGUGACGUCAAGGCACAGCGAGGCGUCCGGGGACAACGACAACGGCCCCACGGCGAGCCUGAAGAAGGGGCUGGAACUGGAGGUGGAGGAGGACCUAGACGAGGACGACUCGUUCUUUGACGACCCUCUGCCUAAACCACAGAAAACCUACGGCUGUAGUAGCCUUCCCCUGGCUAAGAGUCAUUCAGGGGCCAGUCUCUCUGAAAAGAGAAACGGUCAGAAAGACUUCGUCCGCUCUCUGAGGGAGGAGAGCCUCUCAGGGCGCUCCUUUAACCCAAUGAGGAGGGGCACUAGCCUCAAUGACCUGUCUGCUCUGGGUAGUGACACAGAGGGCGAUGGGGACGAGCUCUUUUCUGACUAUGAUAAUAAACGGAGCUGCUUGGAGCACAGGAGAGCAGCAGAUUCGGGCCCGGCCCCACAGAGGAGUGCUGCAGAUGGGCUUCUCCUGAGUGGAACCCCCCAUCACAGAGACCUCUCAGGCAGCAAGAACUGUGAGAGCAGUGGUACUUCUUCUAACCCCAGAGAGGAAGGAUUCAAAGACUUGAAAAUUAUAAAUGAUAAAACCGGAUCUUCUGUGCAGGAUGACGACUACGGCGAUGACUUUAACAGCCAUCGAUCGGAUAUCUCCAAGAGUGAGGUGAGCAUCGGAGAAGAGAUCGAGGAGGUUUCCAUCGAGGGACCCGACAACAGCGAUAAGUUUGAUGAGAUCACUCAGGACCUCAGCGUAUCUCAGCUCAGCCAGAGUCAAGGAGCUGACUACAUGGAAGAGGUGGCAUGACAAUCCCAUCAGCCUUACACCACAAAGGCCAUUUCUACUACGUUAACUAUUAUUUAUGUUAUGUGUGCACAUAAUUUGUGUACAUUUGUGUUCAUGGAUCGAAUAAAAUUACCACUGUCACCGAGAUUGUUCUUGAGCAGGGUUUUAAUUGUGCUUUUUUUUUGGGGGGGGGGGGGGGUGGUUUAGUAUAGAGAUGACUGUAAAGGGUCUGAUGGGUGACAUGUUGAGACAUCAAGGACAUUUUAUGUCAAUCUGAAACCCGCAAUGUGGGGAGCUUACUGUAAUUUGUGCUGUGCCAAUUACAGUACCCACAGUUGGUUGGCUGUUUAGAUGUCAUCCUACUGGCAGACCACUGCAAAAUGCUUCCAUACUUAGUUACAUCUAGUGAAAUGUCAAACUUUUCAUACCUGUCUGUAUAACUUUAAAUUGUAUGCAGAGGAUGUAGACAACCAUGUUAUUAAUCAUAGUAGAUAAUGACAACUAUGGUAUGUAAGUACAUUAAAUAGCUUUAUUCAUAACUCUUCAGUGAUAUUGUUAUGCUAAAUCUUUUAUUUUUAUUUUUUUUUACCUUUUAUUAAAACAGUAUCCCACACAUAAAGCAUGUCUGUACAACCAUACUAGUGCAAUAUACCUCAGGUUUGAGCAUGUUGUGAGAUUGUAUUUCGAUCAUACCACGCUCAAAGUUGCUUAGGUCACUCGUUUUGCCCAUUCUAACAUUCAAUCAAACACUAACUGAAUGCCUCGACCCUUGUCUGCCUGCUUUAUUAUAGCAAGCCAUGGCCACGUGACUCACUGCCCUGUGAAGCAUUUUUGUGAACAGGGUGGUGUACCAAAUAAACUGAAAGCAUAUUUCUUGAGUUCCUAUGCUUUAUCUUGUGGUUAUGUAGGUGUCAGGCUGCCAACUGAGGUUUUGAGAACUUGCAGCGACACUGCUUGGCCACACACACGUAGGUUGAUCAAACGGACAAAAACUUUACUUCGUCCUUGCUGAUCAGACAAAACAGACAUACUGUAAUCGCUGAGGUUCACAGCUUCACUUCUUCGAACUUGGCUUAGAAAAGUCCCAAGAAUAUUUUGUAAAACUUUAUUACUCCAUUAUUCUGGUAAGUCCUCUCGCACAACAAAUGGAAUUAUAUGUGACCUAGGCAAUCUUAGCAUGUUUCUAAAAAUAUAUAUAUUUUACUGUAAUAUUGUAAGAGGAAAAACUGCUGGGUUAAAUAUGUUCAAUAUGCACUUAAAUGUUUAUUUGGAAACAUAGUGGUAAUGUAUGUAAAAAAUAUUUUACUGUGGAUUAUAUUGUAUCUAUUGUAAACAAAUCUGUUGAUUUCUAAAUCAUGCCCUACCUGAAAUUGACACAGCUGCACCAUUUGGACAUAAUUUAAAUUCUACUUUUGACUGUCUUGUCUGACAUUGUAUUGUCUCCAUUGAUGCACUUUGUACCAUUUUAUUACCCUUCAUUAUUUUCACAGAAACACUUUUAUCAUAAUAGUUGUGUGCAAUAGAUUCAUACUACUUGAGGCACCUUUUUUUGUUUGUUUACGUUUAUUAUGCAGUCUGAACUCACAUUACCUGAAGAAAAAAAAUCCCCUCGGGAUCUUGCUGGAAUGUAUCAUAUCCAAUCAAAUAUGCAUGAAUUCUGCAGCUAGGGAAGCUAAGGAAAUGUCCACUCUAUGCAAAGAAUAAGUAAUGUCUCACAAAACAUAUUGUACAACAUAACCUAUUCAAAAUCCUUUGACUAAGCUGUCUGGCCCGGAUUGAUCCUUCAUCACAGCCCAGACUGAACAGACAUGGUUGUAUUAGCCCACCAUCACCAAUAGCUCAGAAAAUAAAGGAAAAAAUGAAACAAA